CCAAUACCCUUCCAUUCUUGGAUUGGCUCAGGUACUGUAUAGUUGUUGAGUAUGUUUGUGAGAGUAAUUCAGAGAAUGCCUACUGGAUUAAGCUCGCGCUUUUUUCAAACAGCGUCUUUCCGAAGUAAAGUAGCAAUCUAUGAUUUCGAAAAAGUUAGGGACUUGAGUAAACGAGCCAAGGCUGAAAGCAAAGGUCCCAUUUUAAUUGAUGUUCGUGAGCCAAGUGAGUAUGAAGCAGGAUCCAUCAACACGGCAGUCAACCUUCCUGUUAGUAAAUUAGAAGAUGCGUUAAAGCUUGGAGAGAAGGAGUUUAUGGACACUUAUGGCUUUCAUAAACCUUCCAUUAAGGACAGUGUGGUUGUUUACUGCCGAUCUGGUGCACGUAGUACGACUGCUUCUAAGAUAUUGUCCGGUCUAGGUUAUGAUCAUGUUGGAAAUUAUACUGGAUCUUGGCUUGACUGGUCUGCCAAAAUCAAGAAUUAAAUCGACAGGUCAGAUGUGAAUUGACUUUUGGUUCUAUGAUGAUGCAGAAUUUUUUCUCUUUUUUUAUACGAAAGGAUUACGAGAAUGGUAAUCUCCGCCAUAGGAAACUUUGUUCUUCUAUGUAUACCUAUAUAUGUAUGUUUGACACUCUACAUUUUGCUUCUUUGAUGUCAGAGAAAAAAGGGUAAAAUGGGUCUUGAGGUUGAAUAGGAACGCUCAAUGAAUAACAUAUACAUUGAAUGAUGAUCUUUGAUAACUCAUUAUGAAUAACAUGUCUACAAAAUGGAUAGAUGCCCUCCUAAAGGCGACAUAACUCGCUAUAUAUCUGAAGAGAGACUUAUUAGAACAUCAUUAGAUAUUUCCAAUAAACAAUUGAAGCCAUCUUGACAGUAUGGAAGGGCUAUGCUAUUUCUAGCUAGGAAUUUCCCAAAGAACACUGUUGUGAACAAGCCCUUUUUACUUGCUCUAUGAA